AUGACGACAUUUCUGCGACCAGCCGUGCGGCCGCUCCUCCAGCUCCCCAGUCGCUCCGGGCUUGUUGCAGCUGUGCCCCUCAGGGCUAGGAGCCAUGGCGCUGGCCUUCUCUAUCCCGAGCACAUCCCCACCUCCCCGCUGCAGAAGGCGCUGCUGACCGCGGGUUCGGCCGCAAUGGCCCUUUACAACCCCUACCGCCACGACAUGGUUGCAGUUCUUGGGGAAACCACAGGACACCGCACCCUAAAAGCCCUCAGGGACCUGAUGAAGAGGGAUCCAGAGGGUGCCCAGAUCCUGCAAGAGCGGCCCCGGAUCUCACUGUCUACCAUCAACCUGGACAAGCUCCAGAGCCUGCCUGAUGGUUCUUUUGGCCGAGAGUAUCUCCAUUUCCUGGAUGUGAAUAGGGUCUCCCCAGACACCCGAGCACCCACACGCUUUGUGGAUGAUGAGGAACUAGCGUAUGUGAUCCAGCGGUACCGGGAAGUCCACGACAUGCUCCAUACUCUCCUGGGGAUGCCCACCAACAUCCUGGGGGAGAUCGUGGUGAAGUGGUUUGAAGCUGUGCAGACUGGCCUGCCCAUGUGCAUCCUGGGUGCCCUUUUUGGACCAGUCCGGCUCAGUGCCCAGAACCUGCAAGUGCUGAUCUCUGAGCUGAUCCCAUGGGCAGUUCAGAGUGGACGCAGAGCCCCGUGCGUCCUCAACCUGUACUACGAGCGGCGCUGGGAGCAACCCCUGAGGGCCCUGCGGGAGGAGCUGGGCAUCACACCACCCCCCACGGACCUCCGGGGCCUGCACUGA